UUCAACAGCUAGUAAUUCGACGUAAAAUCCUACCGCUAUUGUUAUUCGGAAUGAACGAAAAAUGCCCGAAUGACCAACUGAAAUUUACAAGACAUAGGAAUGAUGAUAAUUAUGCCUCAUCCCGAACUUUCGAAUCGUGGUCCUGUAGACGCCAUGAAAGCAGAGAGAAAAUGUCUGAUAGCUUGGAGUUUUACAUUUUUUUAUGAUUUCUUGUUAAUAAGAGAUCAAAAACAAAAAUGCGCAAUGGUGAAUGUUGUUGUUGAAUGCUGAGUCAGCUAGAAAUAGCUGCUCUCAAAAGUGGAAGUGCGUGGUGAAUGAAAAUUGUUACACAGACUUAGAACUGAAAUAUAGCAUAAGCAUCAUGUCGGCAUUGGACGAGAAUGGGUCGCAACCCGAGCUGAUGGAAAUGGUCCUCGAGGAUGGUACCCAUAUCGAGCUCUCCUUGUCUGACGAAGUCGAUGACUUGGGAUCCGCUCCUGGCGAGGAUUUCGGAGGUGUCUCUACAUCUACUAGAAGAGGAUCUGGAUUGAGUAGAAUAGGUGGAUCAGGAGUGGAUGGACGAUUCUUGUCCGACGUAGACGAAGCAACAUCGAGUAGCAUUGCACAUCGAGCAAAACCUGGGGAAACAGCAGUUUCGUUUCGCAGCCCGCUCGAGAGUCCGUACCUCCUCUACGACACCACCGUGCCACAAGAACAUCCCGACUUCGAGGGGGAGGGCGCUGGGUCGACGACAGCGGAAUCCCACGGCGGCGAUCGCGGCCCUUUCGCCGCCCAGACAUCAAAGACCAAGGGUAACGCAGGAAAUAAGGUGCAGAUGAAGAUACCGGUCAGCGCUAAAUGUCGACAAUGCGAUCCACCAGGAGCGGCAGUAGCAAGAUGCCUCGUGUGCGAAGACUAUCUCUGCCUAGAUUGCCGACAGAGCUUCCGUUGCAACUCACCGUUCGAGUUGUGCUUCCCGAGUCGGAGUCUCAGAACUAACUCGUACUGUAACGGUUGUCACACAAUGGUCCUGCAAAAUCGGAUUCGGCGCCACACGACAAGCUUGCGGACACCAGGGCCUCAACUAUAGUACUAGCUACUUACUCGCCGCAAGCGCAACAAGAACAAGAUGACAAAAUCAAAAUUAAUAGAUACGUCUGUCUUAUAGAUACUUCUUGAACUUGAUUCUCAAUCUCAUCAAUGUCAUGUAAAUUUGUCACCAGGUCGUGUGCUGUAGAAGUUGUCAGAAAAAGAAAUGAAGAAUAGUUAAUAUUCAAUGAACAGUUUUUGCAUAUUGCUUUGUCAUGCAUCAUUUUUGUCCUUCUCGUUGCUGCUAAAAAUACGAAAUGGCGUGGUUCCGGUUGCUUCUUGAUCCUCAGAAUGGAAAAAUCCAUUUCCCUGUUGGUAGAUCAAACCUUGCCUAUUGCCCCUCGCUCCAGUAUCAUCUAUAUUGAGCUAUUCACACAUCUAUCGCAGUUGCGGCGCAGAUGUCAAACUGUGCUUUUCUUAUCUAAGUAAAAAAAUGUAUAGAUUUGGAUAUAUUUAUAGAUUUUCCUUUCAGCGCGACUAACAUCAACUACAUCGUCAAUCUCCAUGUUUAAUUCUAGUAGUACUAUGUCGCACAAGUUUUUUCUGCGCAAAAACAAAAUGUGGACUACACUUACGACGACCACAUUUCUAAUGAACAUUAUCCUUGAUUUUCAUACUUUAACAUCAAAAUAAAUA